AAGCUAAGUGAUCUUCGGCAUUCAAACAAAAUAUCAAUCCCUUUUUUUUUCUCUCUCUCAAUGGAAAACUUCGAAUCCAACUUCACCGAGUUCAUUCCGGGUCUUCCUGAAGAACUCAGCCUCGAUUGCAUCACUCGUUUGCCUUACACAUCUCACCGUCUUGCCUCCGCCGUUUGCCGCCGUUGGCAGCAACUCAUCUCCAGUCCCGAUUUCUAUUACCACCGUCGAAAAUCCGGUGCCACUACUCUUCUCUCUUGCUUCAUUCAAGCUCUUCCCCCAGCUUUCUCCACCACAGGAUGGAAGCUUUGUACUUCACUCGCUUACGGACUCACCGUUUUCGACUCACUGAGUCAAUCCUGGGACCGAAUCCCUUCGAUUCCACAAUACCCAGAUGGUCUUCCUCUGUUCUGUCACAUAGCUAGUACCGAAGGAAAACUGGUGCUCAUGGGCGGCUGGGAUCCAGCAACUUACGACCCGAUUAUUGAUGUUUUUGUUUACGAUUUCACCCAAGGUGCCUGGAGGAAGGGGAAAGAUAUGCCAUCUAAGCGAUCCUUUUUUGCAAUUGGUGCUUCCGAUGGAAGAGUCUACAUCUCCGGUGGCCACGACGAGAGCAAAAACGCCUUGAAAUCGGCAUGGGUUUACGAUCUGAGAACCGACGAGUGGACUGAGUUGCCCCAAAUGAGUCAGGGGAGGGACGAGUGUGAAGGUCUGAUGGUCGGCCGUGAAUUCUGGGUUGUUAGCGGCUACGACACCGAGCGACAGGGGAUGUUCGACGCCAGCGCCGAAGUUUAUGACCUGGAUUCCGGGGAGUGGCGAGUAGUGGAUCAGGCAUGGGAAGAAGGCCGGUGCCCGCGGGCAUGCAUCGGAAUGGAUAAAGACGGAAAACUAACGAACUGGUCUGAAUCAGCUCCGGCAGUGAGAGUGGGAGCGUGUGGGAUGGUGAUGGGAAGCCGGACUUUAGUGACCGGAUCGGAGUAUCAAGGGGGGCCGCAGAAUUUCUAUGUGAUGGAAGGGGAGGGAGGGCAAAAUGGUAAAAUGAGGAAAAUUAAUGUUCCAGAAGAGUACGGUGGAUACGUGCAAUCGGGAUGCUGCGUCGAGGUGUGAUUGAUGAAAAUAUCGGGGGGCAGAGGGUAUUGUCGUCAUUUUGCUAAGUUUGGGAAUAUUAUAUAUAUAUAGUUAUCGACUAUGUACAUAUUUACAUACAGAGUGGGAAGAGAUUACGAAAUUUUUUUUGGUAUGAUGCGUAAUUAAAACUUUCCUCAUUUUCCAAUAUAAUAUAUAGUUUUUGGACUUUGGGCUAA